AUGUUUGGAAACAAAGUGAAGCGCUCGAAAACGUUUAACUCAAAAUCGGACCCGGCAACUGCUGAAUUGCCAGAAUCGUCGCAUUUUGCGCGCGCGACGCUGUCAAGCCUCAAUUAUUCGCGAAGCGUGUACGAAAAGUCAAAUGUGUCAAGAAUACGUAGGCUGUUUCGAAGCAGCAACUUGGAGAAGCGCAAAUCGGUUUCUUUGGACGAUGUCGAGCUGCAGAAGGGCGGAUUCGAUCGCGUGAGACGCGCGAGCAUUCGCGGAGACGGUCACAUGCAGAACGCGAAAAGUGUCUCCGAGUGCGAAAUUCGUUGCGACACUAUUUUAGAGUUUAAUAAAGUGAUCAGUGAGCUGCAGAUACGGAAUCGGCGGAGGAGUGAUAAAGGCUUCACAGUGAACAUCACACAGUUGGGUAGCAGAUCGCACGAGUUUAAUUCCAGUACGCCCGAAGAACAGUACAUCAUCGUUUUAGAUUACGACUGGCAAAGCUUUCGUUUAACAUUUCAAAUAAAAUUCUUCUACGAGGGAUGCUAUCACGCCACAAUUUUCUAUAGGAAUAUGGAGUUGCACAACGGAGAUUUUGACAUAAUUGUACUUAACAGUAUCGACGCGACGCUGGUACAUAAAAAUAUCGCCUCGAAAAAUCACAACGUAUGCUACGAGGCCAAACUGCUAGGGAUCAACAUGGAGAAAUUAAUCAAACCGAAGAAGGUGCUCUGUUACGUAUCACCCAAACAACUUAUUGUCAAAGAGAUGAUUUUGAAAUUCAUUCCAAAACGCCUCUUUACAUUCAGGCUGUGUCCGUCCACAAAGUUUCAUUUCCUGCCAGAAAGUCCUACGAAAAUGGUGGAAGGUUUGGGGGGCACCUUUCUUAUUGACGACGGAUGCCAACCGAAAAUCGAACUGACUUCGAAAGAGCGCAACGUAAUCGCGGCCACUUUCACGAACUUCCUACUGAAAAAUAUGGGCGGAUCUGAAACCUUCCGCGACAAACAGGACUUUUUCUAUCACGAGGUUCGCAAAUAUCACCAAAAGCAUUACCACGAUAAGUUAUCAAUGAAAGCAAACCGAGAGAAGUUACUCGAGUCCAGCAUGAAAGUAACCAAAAGCUUUUCGGUAUCCGAUUGGUGUCGGAACUUCGAAAUUACCUUCCAAGGAGAGCAGGGCGUCGAUUGGGGAGGCGUCCGUCGCGAGUGGUUCGAGUUGAUUUGCUCUCAGCUGUUCGACUCACGCUUCGGGCUAUUCAAGAGCUUUUACGAGGGUCAACAGUCGUUGGUGCACCCAAACUCGCAUCGACCGUCACAUUUAAAGCUGCGUCACUUCGAAUUCGCGGGCCGCAUUGUCGGCAAAUGCCUUUACGAAAGCGCCCUCGGUGGCUCGUACCGGCAGCUGGUCAGGGCGAGGUUCACUCGAUCUUUUCUCGCUCAGGUCAUCGGUUUACGUGUUCAUUACAAGUACUUCGAACAGGACGAUCCCGAUCUGUAUCUGACAAAGAUAAAGUAUCUUUUGGAGAAUGACAUCGACUGUAUUGAUACGGAAUUAUAUUUCGUCGAGGAGGAGUAUGACGGAGGAGGGCAGUUGUUAAAAACGGUCGAGCUCGUGCCUAGUGGAGCGAAAAUAAAAGUUACUAACGUCACCAAACAUCGAUAUUUGGAUGCUUUAGCUCAAUUUCGACUCGCCACAAGCGUGCGAGACGAAGUUGAUGCAUUUCUGAAAGGCCUUAACGAGCUGAUACCCGACAAUCUAUUAAGUAUUUUUGACGAAAAUGAAUUAGAGCUGCUACUAUGUGGAACCGGUCACUAUUCCAUAGCGGACUUCAAAGCGAACCACGUCAUAAACGGAAAUUCGGUGGAGUUUCGCCGCAUCGUCGGCUGGUUCUGGGCGGCCGUCUCCAACUUCACGCAGGAGGAAAUGGCGCGCCUGCUGCAAUUCACAACCGGCUGCUCGCAGUUGCCUCCCGGCGGCUUCAAAGAGCUCAGUCCUCGAUUUCAAAUUACGGCCGCGCCCACUUUCGGCAAUCUACCGACCGCCCACACUUGCUUCAAUCAACUGUGUCUGCCCGACUACGACAGCUACGAGCAGUUCGAAAAAUGCCUCCUCUUGGCGAUCAGCGAAGGGACCGAGGGAUUCGGCAUGGUCUGAUACUCGAGCUGUCAUUAUCGCUUCAAAUUUCUUCGAAACAAUAGGUAUAAUGGUAGGGGACCACACUUCAAUAUCAAAAAAAAAAAUUGUUGGGGCUAUAACUUAGGUAGUAACGACAAUAGAUGAAAGCCUUAUAUAAUGCCUAGCAUUUACAUUAAAAGACGACUAGUUCAGGCUGUUUAUUUCAAAGUAGGUUAGAGUUGACAAAAAAUAAGCGUGUUCCAAGAAAAACUUAAUAAUGCUUUACAAUUUUUCUAUUUUGCUUCAGAGAGCAGUCAAUUAUUUGUGCGUGUCAAAUGAACAAUUGUAAACGUUCCUUUAAGCUGUUAAAUAAUGUUAGUUUCUUAAAUAGACUAUCUAUAAGACGUAUAGUUUAUCAGGAUCAUGUGUGAUAUUCUAGUUUUACUUUCCAUUUGUAUAUUGUUACUAGUGAAUGCAAAUAUUGUUAAUUAUUUAUUGUUGCACUUUCGCAUUUC